AUGCCACUUUGCGACAAUUGCAAGAAAAUCUUCCGCGGCCGCCAGCGCAUCAUCGAGUAUAACCCGCCCCUGGAACGCCCCGGCGGCGUGGCCGGCCUGUUGGGUGCCUGCAAACAACUUCUCCGCCUUUCGCCUAGCCCCAAAGCUUCCGCGACGAGGCAGAUACAUCACCGCAUGUUUGCCGAGAUCUGGAAAUCUGCUUCGAAUGGUUGCUUCUUUUGUUGCGAGCUACGCGCUAGCUUCCUGCCACCUGGGCAGGAUGCUCGUCUACUUCCUCAAUCCUCGGAGUUAUACGCUUUCUCCAUAACUUUGUCGAGGCUCAAUAAAAACCCGGCUAUGUGGCCCCAAGGAACACUACAUCUCGACACCAGGCUACCGGGAGAUCCCAAUUCAAACACGUGCUGGGAUUUUCUACUGCCUCCAGAAUAUUCCGCAAACUAUAUCGAGGGCUACAUGUCACCCCGCUCUCCUUUCCAAGCAAAACGCGCAAAACGGUGGCUCCAGAAUUGUCUAAACAAUCAUGAAAAUUGUUGUUUAUCACACUCUAGCAUGGACUGGGAACUUCCCACUCGACUCCUUCACAUUGGGAAGCCAGCACUCGACCAAGUUGCCCUGGUUAAUACAAAGGAUUUACCCGCUCCAGUGUUGAAUGGCGUUCAGUACGCAACCUUAAGCCACGUUUGGGGCAAAUCGCAUACGUUACGACUUACAUCAUCGACCAAAGAACUCCUUCAAAAAGGGAUCCGGACUUCCAAACUGGGCCGCACUUUCCGAGACGCCAUUACUUUUGCUCAAUCUAUAAACAUCGAGUUCAUCUGGAUUGACUCCCUCUGCAUUCAACAAGACCUUGCCGAAGAUUGGAAGCAAGAGGCACCCCGGAUGGCCGACGUUUACGGGGGCUCAUUCCUUAACAUCGCAGCUACAGCGGGGUCCGAUACAAACGCCGGGCUCUGGAAACGGGGGCACACAUACGCUAACCUCGAGCCACCUGUAGUUUCGCUCAAGGGAACUCCGUUCCCUAACGGAAGAUAUCUCUUCCGCGACCGGCACUACUUCGAGAAAGCCUUCACCGGCGAUACGGCGCCGCUUAUUACGCGAGCUUGGGUCCUUCAGGAGCUGUUUCUAGCCACGCGCACCCUGCACUUCUUCGAGCACGAGAUGUUUUGGGUAUGCGGCGAGCAGACGGCGUCCGAGACCUUCCCGCCCGGCGUCCCGCCCGGCAUCCCGCCCUUAGGCACCUGGGAUUACUCGAUUCCCAAACCGCUCGUCAUGAAAGUCAUGCAGCACUUGCUACAGGCGAAAACAAUCACACAACACCGCGAGGGAAACGGACAGCAAACACCCGUGGAAACGCCAAACCAGCUGCUCAUAGAUAUAUGGGACGCUACAGUUAGGAUCUACACCAAAUGCAACCUCACGUACAAAACAGACAAGCUAGCCGCGAUAUCUGGCAUUGCCAAGCUGCUCCAAAAAGCCUUCGGGGUGGAAUAUUGGGCGGGACUCUGGAAGGAAGACAUUCUCCUUUCCUUGUUAUGGGUUGUCAAGGAUAAAGCCGGCGCCCUCAAUUCGGACAAAACAUACCCUGCUUCACCAUACCGAGCCCCCACCUGGUCUUGGGCUAGUUUGGAUGGCCCGAUCCUCGCCAGGGGAGAAGACCUUGAUAGCAAACACACCCCAGUCGGGAAGAUCCUCGAGUGCCACAUUGAGACCAACGAUGCCGACGACGUCACUGUCGGCAUCGUCGGAGCUCGUAUGCGCAUUGCGGGUUGGCCCAUAACCGUUAUUACGCGAGACGGGGCCGAAGGAGAUGUGGGCCUUGGUUUCUUCGUCAAUGGCGACAAAACUAAGAGGACACAUUACAGCUCGAUUUCUCUGGACAGCAACGUCGUCCCCACCGACCGCAUCGUUGCCUUCCCGUUGGUGUGGGAACACAGUUUGCUCGGCAACUCCUACUUGAAAAGUCUGUUACUUUACCCAGUUGAAGGUAUCCGGAAUCAUUACUACAGGAUCGGAACCUGGACAGCGGACUUUCGGAUUUUCGGCCUCACGAAUGAUAACCCGAUUGGAGAGAAGCUUUGCAAGUUUAAAAACGCCCCCUGGUUAGAGUACGAGUCCAGGGACGCGGAAGGCAGGUGCACAAUCGUCGUUGUUUAA